AUGAAUCUUCGGCUUGGUGCCGCCGUUUUUGCGGUUGCCCUGACUUUACUGGUCUUCCUUCAGCUUAUUGCUAUGGUACAACAUACUGGCCAGAUCUCCACCUCAGCCUUCACGCAAAGCUUCAAUCACUGGAAAGGCAGAGCUAGUGCUACGCAAAAUAGUAAUAAUAAUAAUCGGUUUCUGGUGGGUGCUGGAAAAGCCGAUGUAACUGGACCAGUAGUCGAGGUCGACUUCAAUGGCUAUGCUAGCCUUAAUCAAUUGGGAACAGGCCUAAGACAGAGGAUUUACUCGCGCGCAUUUAUUUUUGCAGACCCGAAUAAACCUGAUGACACCCUUGUUUACCUUGUUCUCGAUACGCUCGCCGGUGAUACUGCUGUGCGACAUGGAGUUUUACAGGGUCUUGCAGCACUCGGCAGCAAAUAUUCUCGCUACGGUGAGCACAACAUCGCCCUAACGGGAACUCACUCCCAUUCUGGGCCCGGCGCCUGGAUGAACUACCUGCUUCCUCAAAUUCCGACCAAGGGGUUCGACAAGCAGAGCUACCAGGCAAUCGUCGACGGGGCGGUUCUAUCCAUUCAACGUGCGCAUGAAAAUCUCACGCCCGGAAGUUUGUCAUUUGGGUCUAUUGGGAUUGAAGAUGCCAAUAUUAACCGCAGCCCAUACUCCUAUGAUAAUAACCCCGAGGAAGAGAAGGCUCGCUAUUCGGCUAAUGUGGACAAGACAAUGACGCUUCUUCGCUUUGACCGCGAGUCCGACAACAAGACUACUGCUAUCCUGACAUGGUUCCCUGUUCAUGGAACAUCCAUGUAUAACAACAACACCUUGGUUACUGGAGACAACAAAGGAGUCGCUGCUUAUCUCUUCGAGCGAAGUAUCGAUGGCGACUCUAGAUUUGCAGAAGAUGCUGUCAUAGGAUUCUCUCAGUCCAAUGUUGGAGACACAAGUCCCAACAUUUUGGGCGCGUGGUGCGAGGAUGGCUCAGGAAAAAUAUGCACAUAUAAAGACAGCACCUGUGGUGGUACGAACGAGGAUUGCCAUGGCAGGGGUCCUUUCUUUCGGGUCAAGGACAACGGCGCUAAGAGCUGCUUCGAAAUCGGCCGACGCCAAUAUUCGGCGGCUAAAUCACUGUAUGAACAGAUGAGUUCCAACGCCACUACCAUCACUGGCGGCUCGGAUGUGAGGUCCUUUCACGUUUUCAAAGAUUUGAAUGGCUACACCUUCCCGUCUCCGUUUAACGGCAGUACAUUGAAGACAUGCCCUGCGGCACUGGGAUACUCGUUUGCUGCUGGAACUACAGAUGGGCCAGGUGCAUUUGACUUUACGCAAAAUGCGAGCGGUCCAGCUACUAAUAAUCCGCUGUGGAAAGUUGCUCGGGCUUUCAUUCAUCAACCUAGUGAGGAGCAGCAGGAGUGUCAAGGAGCCAAAGAUAUUCUUUUAGAUGUUGGUACAUUGACAUUACCAUACGCAUGGGCCCCAGACAUUGUGGAUAUCCAGGUUCUCCGAGUGGGGCAACUGUUCAUAAUUAUCUCCACUAGUGAGGCAACGACUAUGUCAGGUCGACGCUGGAAAGAGGCCAUCGCAAAGGGUGUCCAAGACACUCUUGGGAUUUCUGACCCUCAGGUAGUUCUGGGAGCCCCCUCAAACAGCUAUGCUCACUAUGUUGCAACGGAAGAAGAAUACAGCGUGCAGCGCUAUGAAGGAGCAUCAACUCUAUACGGGCCAAAUGAACUUGCGGCAUACAUCAACCUUACACUGACCUACCUACCAUACCUUGGUAGCGCCCAGGAUAUUGCUAGCCUUCCCGCCAUCCCUUCUGGGCCCAGCCCGCCCGUCAAUACCAAUAACUCACUUAGCUUUAUUACCGGGGUUGUCUAUGACAAUUCACCCAUUGGCAAGUCGUUCGGGGAUGUAAUUUCUAACCCUAGCAACAAAACAUACGGUCCCGGGGAUACCGUUAAUACGACCUUUGUGGGCGCCAACCCCAGAAAUAAUCUCCACCAAGAAUCUACUUAUGCAGCUAUUGAAAAACAAGACAUCAGUUCUGGCGAAUGGACAGUCGUUCGUGACGAUCGGGACUGGAACCUUGUCUUUCUAUGGGAACGAACCAAUGAAAUCCUCGGAUAUAGCGACGUCACGCUCCAGUGGACGAUCGAGGAUAGUUUCUACAGUGUGGAUGACCCCAACCCCUUACAAGGUGGAACAUAUCGUAUGCAUUAUUAUGGCGACUCAAAGAAUGCCUUCGGGCAUAUUUCAUCCUUUGAAGGUAUCGGGGGGAGCUUCACGGUGGCUGCGUCCUAA